AUGGGAAGAGCUCCUUGCUGUGAUAAAACUAAGGUGAAGAAAGGUCCAUGGUCGCCGGAGGAAGACGCCGCCCUUAAAAACUACAUCCAAAACUACGGCACCGGCGGCAAUUGGAUUACCUUGCCCCAUAAAUCAGGACUCAAGAGAUGCGGAAAAAGUUGCAGACUGAGAUGGUUGAAUUAUCUAAGGCCCGAUAUCAAACAUGGCGGCUUCACAGAAGAAGAGGACUCAAUAAUAUGUAGCCUCUACAAUAAACUUGGAAGCAGGUGGUCGGUCAUAGCUGGUCAAUUACCCGGAAGAACAGACAACGAUGUUAAGAAUCAUUGGAACACAAAAUUGAAGAAGAAAGUACUAUUGGCAAUACAAAACCCUAGCCCAUCCGAGCAACACGUUAUCGUCAACAAAAACAACACAAGUCUCGUUAACUCGCCAAACGUGUCGACCAUCGAUCAUCACAACAACUCAUAUAUGAGUUUCUCGGAUAUGAGUUCCUCGGAGUACUCGAUGUUGGCCCGUAACUUCUCAAUUGACGACGACUACGAUGAAGAAGAACAAGUCCUACCAUCCAACACUAACGCCUUAAACCUAAUAAUGAAUGAAAUCAAUGAACUCUUGGUGGAUCCGAGCAAUCAUGAUAGUGGCAACAAAACCGAACAUUCUUUGAGCACAUUGGACUUUUCAUGGCCAGAAAACAUGGGUAUGGGGAAUGCAACGGUUCUCGAGGGAUUCAAUGCUAUGGAUGUUUUGUGUGAAGAGAUUUUGAUGGGGUACGGAUCGAUAACUUCGUCGUCGCGUUAUGUUAAUUCGUUAUUGGACGAUGUUGGUGAAUUUGCGGGAGGACAUGUUCAACGAACUAAUUAUUACUAG